AUGUCAAAGUUUUCUCUCCAAGGACGUACUGCACUAGUGACGGGAGGUGCUCGAGGGUGCGGCUUGGCUUUUGCGCGUGGACUGGCAGAAGCCGGCGCGAACAUCGCAAUCUUCGACGUUAUCCCACCCGAUGAAGAAUUCGCCUUGAUCGAAAAAGAACUCUCUGUGAAAACGGCUUAUUACAAAGUGGACGUUUCCUCCGAGGAAUCCCUUCAAAGUGGAUUUGAGCAAUUCCAAAGCGACUUUGAUAACGCCCUCGAUAUUUGUGUUCCUUGCGCUGGGAUUAAUCGUCACCUCCCAUUCCUCGAAUUCACCUUCAAAGACCACCAAGACCUCCUGUCGAUCAACGUACUCGGACUAUACUUCACGGCUCAGUUGGCGGCCAGGCAAAUGAUCGCGAAUGGGACAAAACAUGGUAGCAUUGUUCUGGUAGCCAGUAUGGCGAGCCACAUUGCCGUACGCAGCCAGUUGUGCAGUGCAUACUGUGGUACAAAGGGCGCAGUUCGGUCCAUGUGUCCCGCGAUCGCGAAAGAGCUGGCCGAAUACAAUAUUCGGGUGAACUCGAUAUCCCCAGGCUACGUACGAACUAAAAUGACCGAAUCUUUCCCCCAUCUUCUCGAGGGCUGGAAAACGGAAACGAUGAACGGGCGGAUCGCCGAGCCGGAGGAUAUAAUGGGGGCGUGCGUGUUUCUGGCUAGUGACGCGAGUGCAUACAUGACGGGGCAGGAUAUCAUUGUGGAUGGGGGAGUGACCCGCUGGUAG